AACCCCAGUAACUGCUGGCGACCCGUGGGACCUGUCGGGUGCCGCUCUCACCCGUCCACUCCGCCCAAUCGCCACUGGCCAACACCCUCACCCAACAGCACAGUUUACAGUGUAGCUGUCGUGGCAAUACUCCCUUCAUGCUAGCUGCAUUUGGGAGCACAGCUGCUUAUACACAUGAUAUACUACCAGUCAGCUGUUGCCACAACGUCCUGCAGUAGAUCAACAACGGCAAGUGCUGGCGAGGAGAGGAUCUUCGAACUUUUCAACGUCCACUUGAGGGCCGCAAAACGCAAGGCUGACAAGGUUAAGGCAGCAGCAGGACUCGUUCAGUCCUUCCUCGCACUCUAACAGGCCAGCAUUGACGACCUUCCCGGCGCACCGUCAUCCUCAUACCACCACCAGGCACUGCUGGUUUCCCCUUCCCAUGGACUUCAGUGUUUCAGCAGCACUGGGAGCGUGAUGCACGGGUGAGACAGACAACGGGAAGGCUCCCAGACACUGGACAACUCGCUACUUUCACCGUGUUAGUGCUCAUCAGACCCUUAAACAACUUUAGACCAAGGACACUUCCUUGGGGAGUGUUCCCAGUUCCAUCCUGUGUACCUCCGAGCAACGAACAAUGCAGUAAUGACAUACUGAGUGGCUCGUUUGAUAUCGUAGUGAAGAUAUACACUAACAUUAACAGGUGCAGAGGUCCAAAAUAUAAUAUACAUGAAAAGUAUAUUGACUUUUACCGAGAAAAGUGUUUCAUUUUUUUCAACAGCAGGGGACCGAAACCGGUGUUUUGUAACUGUUGUCAUAGUGUGAGUAUCAGUAAGUAACAGGGCUAGUCACCUACCAGCCCACGCUAAGCACCCACCAGCCCAUGCUAGGCACCCGCCAGCCCACUCUAGGCACCUACCAGCUUACGCUAGGCACCUACCAGCUCACGCACUUCCCCUCUCAACCCCGAACUUAACAAGUAACCGCUGUGUAUUGGGAUGGAUAAUGACGUCGUCAGUGUGUAGAACCCACCAGUAGACCUCGACCCCAGCACUUUGCAUUAAACUCCCGGUAGACAGCACUGAAUUACCGGUACAUAGCACAGAUCUCAUGGUAAAUGGCACUGAACUCUCGACGGAUGGCACUGCAGUCUCAGUAGAUAGCUCCUGAUAGCACUGAGCACCCGUUAGAGGGCACUGAGAUCUCGAUAGAUGGCACUGAACGACAGGUGCAUGGCACUAAUUUCCCAAUAACUGGCACUGAGCUCAUCGUCCCCAUCCUCCCACACUCUGCCCCACCUCCCUCACCCUGCCCCACCUCCUUCACCCUGCCCCACCUCCACUCCCUGCCCCAACCUCCCUCACCCUGCCCCACCUCCUGCACCCUGCCCCACCUCCUCACCCUGCCUCAGAACACUGUUAUUAUAGCCUAACUCGGACUCCCGAGUAACCUUAAUUACGUGUGCUAGUGACCUCCAUUCAUUGGUCAAACGCCCAGCAGUCGUAAGCCUGCCAAUAACAUCCGUCAUGUUGGCCCAAACUGCGUUGUUACUACCACACUACCACAACUACCACAACCACCAGUGAGUUAACAAUAGCAGCAGCACAACCACUAUCACUCAUACUACCAAUGUGGCUCUAAAGCCAACACUAGCAAUCUCUACCGUCAUUACUACUGUUGCUACUGCUAAUACUACCACCACCACCACUAAUACUACCACCACCACCACUUUCACCACUACUGCUGCUAUUACCAGUGAAUCAGCACUGCUUCUAAAAUCACCACUGUUUUUUCCUCUAGCCUUCUCCCUUUCUUUCCCCUUUAUAUCCCUUUCUUUUACCUUUCUUUCCCUAGCUGACCUAUCACGGUGGAAGACAUUCCUCCAGGCAGCCACGGUGGAAGAAACCCUUUUCACAGUCAGUCAUAGUAGAAACAACAUCUUUUACCAAUCACGGUGGAAAUAACGCCUGUCACUAGUGGAACUGCAGUAACAUCCUUCACAGUUAGUUACGGUGGUAAGAAGCCACGCGGAGUAGCGUGUCUCGGAGCCCAUUACGGCACUCAGUGUAGUUGGUCUCAGUGCCUUUCAAUCCACUCAGUGUGGUGGGUCAUGGGGAGCUCAACAAGUCAUUCAGUGUAGAGGGUCUCACAGUGGACGCUUAAUUAACAGGGAUCAUCACUAGACCACCGCCCGUCUGCAUCCCAACUUCACCGCCCACUUGUAUACCUCCUGGCUAAGGCCCUGCACCUCCCUGUUGCGAUUCAGUACCUGCUGGCUAGGACCCAGCACCUUCUUGCUGCGAUCCAGCAUCUCCUGGCUAGGAUCCAAUACCUCCUGGCUAGGACCUAGUACUUUCUUGCUACGACCCAGCACUUACCAGCACUGCCAUCCCUAACAAUACCAGUACCCUCAAUAGCGUCGCCGUCACCUUCAACAGCACUGCUGAUAGUGCCUGCUACUACUUACAGCAGCACCAUCACCCAUCACCAUUAGCACCACUGCCAGCACCGCCACCAAUUCCGCCAGUAGCACCACCAGACGACAACAUUAACAGCAGCAUAGCGGAUAGCUGAUGUAGGAAAGGCAGCAGGAGCCACACAAGGGCCUGACUCUAGUAGCAACAAUGUUCCGCAACUCAGGAGCGAGGAUGCCGUCCAUUGGCGCGGGCAGUGUGGACAUACGCUCCAUAUUCGGGAGCAUUUUAAACGUUAUCAAAACAAGAGCCAACCAGAUAUGUGCUGCCACCUGCGAUGGUCUCAUCCUCAGGAUGCACUACCGCUGGACCUUCUGUCUCCUGUUGGGUGGUUUCCUCACGGUGUGGUACUCCUGGUAUCAUCGUGAUGUCAUCACGUGCGUGUCGCACUUCAACGCUGAGACUCAGGUCCGCCUCGACUACAUCAAUAUUUGUCUCUCAUACCCUUACAUCGAAGAUAAUGGUUCCAAGAGAUACUUACUCUUCUACCGCUGGAUAUCGUGGUCACUCCUCGUCCUAGCUGGAGUGUAUUACAUCCCACGUAAAGUCUCCAAGAACUUCGACAACGCAAGAUGCAAGAAACUUUUGGAAGAUCUUGCCGCCAACGCUCACAGAUAUGACCAGGCUGAGCGAGAGCUGGUGGAGAGAGCCGCCAGAUAUAUCAUCUUUAAUCUCAAGACUCACAAUGGCCUCUAUUGGAAAUAUCUUUUUGUCAAUGUAUUAGCACUCUUAGUUGACCUUUUCGCAAUGCAGUUCUUGGAUUUCAUACUCCAGGGACGAUUUAUUCAGUACGGAUUUAAUUCUUAUCCAUUUGACAGAGAUCCUCAGAAGUUCACAGAUUACAUGUCACAAACAUUCCCUCCAUUUGCCUCAUGUGAGCUUACUCUUGAAAAUCAACUAGUAAACAAACGUACAGAAAAGUUUGGUUGUCACCUCACAAUAAUGGAGCUGUACGAGAAGGUGUUUCUGAUCUUGUGGCUGUGGUUGAUCUUGCUGACCUUCGUCACUUGUUGCUACAUUGUCUUCCUCUUCUUAAUGUGGCUUCCCUGCGUGCGAGCUUACCUUCUCCGCACUGCCAAGCCAGUCCAUGCUAACGAUAAGGUCCGAGGGGUCGUGCAUGCAGUGGCAAAGAACUGCAAGAUCGGCGACAUUUAUCUCCUGUAUCGCGUGAAGGGUCACCUGAGCCAUGCCAGGUUCUAUGAGCUGAUGACACGGCUGUCGGAUCCUGCUCUGUUCACCAAGCAGAUUCAGCAAGCCCCACCCGGAACAAUCCCAGAUGGCAAGGAUAAGAUGCCGCCAAACAAGCAGGCAGAUACCCUAAGGAACCGGCGCCCAAACAUGCCACAGGACCCACCAAUGAACCCAGAAUAUCUGCACCAGCUCUUGGCUAGCCCGGAGAUGAUGGGUAGACACCCACAAAGCCCCGACCAGCGUACUCCAUUGCUCAAGAAAAACACUAGCAUUCUCAUCGAAUAGUCAAGUCGUGUGAAUUAAAGACACUGUGCAAAAAAUAUCAUAGAUUUCGUUGCCCUGGACAGGCUGAGCGUCAUAAUCUAUGUCACUCCAAGGGCUACACGUAGAACUAAAGACGUGCUGACGUGCCCACCGAGACACUGUUGUGCUACAGUUGUGUGAAGUUUGAAAAUCUUGUGAUCUAUCGAUCAUGCGUGGUGUUCUAGGUCUGUCGUUAUGAAUUCACCUGUGCGAUAAACGUAGUGAUGUUGAGCUAUAUUGCCAACUCGUUAAGUGGUGUACAUUGAAAAUUACGUUAUACCCACGACUAAAAGAAAGGAGCCCAAUAUGUGUUCAAUUGAUAUUACAUAUCAAGCCAUAACAAGCUGACACUACCCUACACGAGGAGUUGAAGACGGACUAUCAUGUUUCACAUUCCUGCAAGCAUUCCCAUGUAACUGUAGACAUAUCAACUUUAGUAAUUCCUUUUAUACGCCAGUACUUUACAUGAACAAAAAGACUUUUCCCUUACUAUUGCUGCAGCACACUUUACGUAUUAUUUACAACACGAAAUUUUGUGAUUACGAAACUGAACAGUUUUCUUUUUCUAAUGUAAUUACUGAUGUUGAAAAAAAAAUAACCUUCUCGUGAGUCAAGGGCCAUACGAAUGAAUCUCAGAAUUGGGUGUUCUGUGUAACAUUUAUUUAUUACUACACGGAACAGGUGGUGAUGAGACUGGAAAUGAACGCAUGACCCUGCUGCUGGCAUUACGUAUUAAUGUGUUCAACAGUCAGAUCUGAGGAGCUUUUCAGCUCCCUCACGAAGAGCUUGCCCUCGCCUGAGUGAGGAUGUUCGGGUGGUGGGUGGUGUUCCUGGCACCUUAAUGCUCCCGCUACAUGGUGCUCCCUGAUCCUUGUGUCCUGGUGCUUCUCCAGCACAGAACCUCGCUGAAGCCUUCGGCCUUAGAAUUCUAUAUAUUUUUUAAAGAAUUCAUAAGGAAAAAACUUUUCCAUUUGUUCACCUUGCGAUGCUGUAGGGUCGAAUUUUCCCUUCCUACACCCACAACCUUCCUUCUUCAUCUCCCUCACUCUCUCCUUCUUCUCCUCCUCCUUCCUGCUUUCUUGCUCUGUUUAUACGAGCCAUUUUCAGUAUAUUAAAUUAAGCAGAUUCCCUCGCUAGCGCACUUAGUUUUAAACCUCAAGAGAGGCUUAAAUUAAACAGGAAAUAAGAUUACGGAAGGGUUCAAGUGCCUUACGCUCCAUCAGCAUCAAUAAAGUAAAAAAAAGCUGUGAUAUUUCAAUAGGAUUAAGCGACGUGUUAAAACUGGGUUCUAAUGAUGUAAUUAUUCUUCUCUUUUUUUUGAACUCAGUGAAUGCCAAAUGUUAUGUUGUAUGGGCGUGUCCUGACAUACACUGUUUACAGAAUAUAAGAAAUUGUGUACUUUGUAUGACGUUUUAAUAAAGACUGUUUUUUA